AUCUUUCACUCUUGAACUGAAUCACCAGAGAUUACAGUUUGUCGAGCAGGUCCUGGAAGUGUUUGGAAGUGAAAGAGUUUGGUGGCGAAGCCCCGCCCGCCUCGGACGUGACGGCGCCCAAUGGGAAGGCACCGCGCGCCGCGGAGGAACGUCAGCUCGUGGGCACUGGUGGUGGUCACAGUAGUGGGACGGCCCAGCCGCGCUGAGCUUGGCUCGUCUCCUCCGCCUGCCUGCGCUCCCAUUUACGAGCCACCACUUGAGCACUUUACAUGACUGGGGGAGAGAAAGAGAAAAAUCAAGGUAGAUGUUAGUUUGACGCUUUCGUAGCAGAAGGCACGUUUUCACUUCCGGAUAGACGCUACUUCUCUUGCUUUUAAGGAAGGAGACAGACUUGUUUCGCUGCCGUUGCUUCCAGCCGUCGCUAAGGGCUCUUUGAUGCCAGCGCGUAGCUAACAGGCUAACUGGAACUGUUUUCACAAACAAGCUAGUUAGUUAGCUUGCUAGCGGGGCUAGCGAGCGUCGGCUGUGGAAAUGUGUUGUGUCGGUGCUGCGCGGACCUAGCCGACUAUAGAGGCAGCAGAUGACCGCCGUAGACUCUCAUAUGUCGGAUGUUUCAGAGCUCCUCCGCCGGCUCGCUCCGUGUUCCCCGGCGGAGCCCUGAGACUGUGUAGUGGGGACAAUAGUUCCCCGGCUAAGGCAACAAGUCUAGCUUAGUCGUGCUGCUUUAACUCCAGUGUGCACUCGUGUGGUUAGUUCCUGUCUGGAUCGGGGAGAAGCUGUAGUUUGUGGCAGAAAUAAACCCCCAUCCCGGCUCAGCAAAAGGCGGCGGCGCACAGGAGGAAAGUACAGCGCGACUUGCGAUGCCCAGGUCCGAGUCCACCCGGCUGCCCGGCGGCUCGGGGGACGCUGCCGCCCCGUAAUCCGCAUCAUCAUCAUCCCGACUUGGCGAGGAGACCGAGGUGGAUGGACAUUAAACAGUCGCCCACAUGCGUUGGAUCAGCUCCCGGACUCGUGAACGGCAUCUGAAGCAGAGGGAGGGAGAGGGAAGCUCGCAGCCCUUGCAGCCCGGGGGAAGAUGGCGGAGCGCUCCCGCAGGAGGCGGUGAGACCGAAACUUCGGAACUUCCCGGAUUCGCAGCCUCGCACCUGCCCUCGGCUCGCUGGACACAUGCAGGCCAAAAAGCGCUACCUGAUCCUGUUCUCCGCCGGCGCCUGUCUCCUCCUGCUCUUCUGCUUCGGGGGGAUCCAAGUCCCGCUGUCCGGACGGGGCGAUGACCGCAGCCUGGCCGGCUACGGCCCCGGGGCGCGGUGGCGGCGCCUCCAGGGGUACCUGCAGCCCUUCAGCACCUGGAGGGAGGACCGGCCCGACGGUCUCGGCCAUCACCUGUCCCCCCGGCAGAAGAGGGACGCCAGCUCGUCCCCGUACACCGGAAGGCGGUGCAGGAUGGAGUCCUGCUUUGACUUCUCCCUGUGCCAGAGGAACGGCUUCAGGGUGUACGUGUACCCGCAGCAGAAGGGAGAAAAGAUCUCCGAGAGCUACCAGAACAUUUUGACCUCCAUCGAAGGCUCCAGGUUUUACACCCCGGACCCCAGACAGGCCUGCCUGUUCGUCCUGAGCCUGGACACCCUGGACCGGGACCAGCUAUCGCCUCAGUACGUGCACAACCUGAAGGCCAAGAUCCAGAGCCUCGCCCUGUGGAACGACGGCAGGAACCACAUCAUCUUCAACCUGUACUCCGGCACCUGGCCGGACUACACCGAGGACCUGGGCUUCGACAUCGGCCUGGCCAUGUUGGCCAAGGCCAGCAUCAGCACGGAGAACUUCAGGCCCAAGUUCGACGUUUCCAUCCCCCUUUUCUCAAAAGACCACCCCAGGGCGGGGGGCGAGCGGGGCUACCUGAGACACAACACCAUCCCCCCUUACAGGAAGUACGUGCUGGUGUUUAAGGGGAAGCGCUACCUGACCGGGAUCGGCUCGGACACCAGGAAUGCUCUGUACCACGUGCACAACUCGCAGGACGUGGUCCUCCUCACCACCUGCAAGCACGGCAAGGACUGGCAGAAGCACAAGGACGCCCGCUGCGACAGAGACAACGCCGAGUACGACAGGUACGACUACAGAGAGAUGCUGUACAACUCCACCUUCUGCCUGGUUCCUCGCGGUCGAAGGCUGGGCUCCUUUCGUUUCCUAGAGGCCUUGCAGGCAGCUUGUGUGCCGGUGAUACUGAGCAACGGCUGGGAGCUCCCCUUCUCAGAAAUCAUCGACUGGAACACAGCAGCUGUGAUCGGGGAUGAAAGACUACUGUUGCAGAUCCCUUCAACGGUGCGUUCCAUCCACCAGGAUAAGAUCCUGUCCCUGAGACAGCAGACGCAGCUCCUGUGGGAGGCUUACUUCAAUUCUGUGGAGAAGAUAGUGCUGACCACACUGGAGAUAAUCCAGGACCGGGUGCUGGAGCACACCUCCAGAAGCAGCUUGAUGUGGAAUAGUCUUCCUGGCGGCCUCUUCACUCUGCCUCAGUACUCCACUCACCUUGGAGACUUCCCCUUCUUCUACGCCAAGCUGGGUAUCAAGCCGUACCCGAAGUUCACAGCGAUCGUUCAUGUGGUCACCCCACUGGUGUCUCUGUCCCAGCCGGUGAUGAAGCUCCUUGUGGCCGUGGCCAAGUCCCAAUACUGCGCUCAGGUGAUCGUUGUGUGGAACUGUGACAAGCCUCUCCCUGCCAAGCACCGCUGGCCCACCACCUCGGUCCCCUUCAUUGUCAUAGAAGGAGAGCACUUGGUGAUAAGCAGUCGCUUCCUUCCCUACGAUACCAUCCCCACGGAUGCUGUGCUCAGUCUGGAUGAGGACACUGUGCUCUCCACCACAGAGGUGGACUUUGCCUUCACAGUGUGGCAGAGUUUCCCCGACCGCAUCGUGGGCUACCCAGCCCGCAGCCACUUCUGGGACAGCACCAAGGAGCGCUGGGGCUACACCUCCAAGUGGACCAACGACUACUCCAUGGUGCUGACCGGGGCCGCCAUCUAUCACAAAUAUUACCACUACUUGUACACCACCUACCUUCCAGCCAGUCUGAGGACGAUGGUCGACCAGAUGUCGAACUGCGAAGACAUUCUCAUGAACUUUCUUGUGUCGUCGGUGACCAAGCUGCCGCCCGUUAAGGUCACGCAAAAGAAACAGUACAAGGAAACCAUGAUGGGGCAGAGCUCCAGAGCGUCCCGCUGGGCCGACCCGGACCAUUUCGCCCAGCGUCAGACCUGCAUGAACAAGUUCGCCAACUGGUUCGGCACCAUGCCGCUGGUCCACUCCCAGAUGAGGCUGGACCCGGUCCUCUUCAAAGACCAGGUGUCCAUACUGAGGAAGAAGUACAGGGAGAUCGAGAGGCUAUAACCCCGCCGAGCCCCCCCUUCGUGCUCCGCGGACACGACCAACAAAGGAGCGGGAGGGGGGGGCGGAGAUGUAGUGAGGAGCUCCGUGGGGGGGGAGCCGGACGGGAAAGAGGAGGGGGAGAAACUGGAACAAAUGUAAAGGACUGCGUUUUUCUCUCCUGUGUUGCCCUCCUCUUGUCUUCGUGUGUGCUGUGAUUGGACGGCUGAACUCGGAGGUCUCUGCGUGUACACCCCCCCCCAGACUGCUUACUAACUCCACCCUAAAGAGCUAAAUCUGCUCGCUUUGGGUCACAGAGUGCGACACGGCUGCUUGCUUGCGGAAAUGUCCCAGCGCUGACAAAGCCCGCUGAACGGGACACUUUUCUGUCUGUACACUAUGCACAGGUUUGUGGACAUUUUUUUUUUCUGCUGACGGGAUGUUAGUAACUACGAAGAUGAUAACACUAUUUUGGAUUGUGUUUAACUAUUUUUUUAUACUGUGUACAAGUGGCCAGCAUGACUCUCUGUCUCGCUGUCCGUUGUCUUAAAGAAGGAUGGAUAAAGAAAAGAGUGAGACCCCCCCCCCCCCCCUCAGAGGCGGGUGGUGAUUGUUGCUGCAACAGUGCCUCAGCAUUUAGAGGUGUUUGGAUCUGGAAAUCUGACGAAUAGGAGACUGGGCGCAGAUUUUGCGCCUUAAAUUGCGCUGCUUGUUUUUUUAUUUUUUAUUUUUUUUAUCUUAACAUGAUCAGUUUUUUUUUUUUGUUUUGUUUUUUUUAAAGUAACUGAUGUGUUGCUUUUUCCAGGUCAUCGAAAAGGUGUGACGAGAAUGUUUUCCUGCAGUCGAACAAAUGAAACGUGUCUGUAUGUGCCAUUCUGAACAAUUCCCCCCCCCCAACACCAACACACACAGCUGGGAAGGCCACACGUGAAUUGAUGCCCCUAGCAAUGCAGUACAUUUUUUUUUUAUGUUCCACUUUUUCUUUCUUUAUCCUGCCUCAUUCCUAAUGACGAGCUGGACCGGGGCGCUUUAACGCACGCUAGCCUGGGGAAUAUUCCAGCUACCUGUGUGUUGCCUUGGUGACUGAGGCUGAGCUCUGUUUUAGAAAGAAACCCACUGUGAAAUCCAUACAUCUGAUCCCCCCCCCUCUCCAUCUUUCUUUUGGUUUGGGUUAGUGAGAGAUAUUUAAUUACGGUCGUUGUCUGAACGCAGUGAACCCAGUUUCAUUAACCCGAGGGACAGAUUUGGCAGUAGCUGAGGGAGACUGCUCCCGCUGACCAUUCGCCGUCUUCCUGGGAAUAAAUAUGGGCCUAAACGAAGUCUCCUGAUGGCUCUGAUGGGGUCGGUGAAGAAUUCCUCAGCUUCGAGGGGGCUUGGUUGGCCGGCGGCAUUUGGGUCACACUGCACAGGCUGUCUCUUGGACCAAAAACUAGCCCCGUGUGGGUCCAACCUGCCAAACGUCAGCGGGACAUGAACUUGUUUUUUUUUAUGCUGCUGGUUUAUGAGGCUAACUCGCUUCUAAUUAUUCAGUUCGGUUAAUCUAGUUCAGUGUUUUUGCUUCGGUACGUCCUAUCAUGUUAUCUGCGGUGUUGGGAGCGGCUUUUCGAGUUUAACGAGAAGCCGUUCAUGCAGAGCCAGUAACGCAGCUCCUCCCACUCACCCCGCGUUACCUUUGUUCCAGAGGAAAGAAUGACUGCUGCGGUGAGCUCAUUCACUGACCCCCCCUUUAUGUGCCAAUAGAGCGUUUGUUUGUAUUUUCUCAUCUGCAGUGGGGAAAUCUACCCGUUCCCUUCUUAAUGGUGUACUUUCUGACUGGAGGAGGGGGGGGGUUUGCUCCUGAGUUCUGAGAAUGUUUUGAUCACCUUGAAUGCAGAUGAAGUCAGUGCUGUCCGGACAACUAAAGCAGAACUGUUUUUUAGAAAUGAGCUAGGUGCAAUAUUUCGGAUGACACUAUAUUUUCUUUUGGUGUGUGUCAGUGUUUCAGAGGGGGGGUUAUAGAUUGAUGUGCCUUCAGAGAAACUACUCUUUAAGAUUUUCUUUGUUUCAUCAGCCUUGCAGUAGAAGCAUGGCCGUAUCAUCAUAUCAUAGCUGUUCUUUAACAUGUUUGUUAGCCCAUAACUGCACCCCUUCACCCCUGGAACCCACCACCAAGCAUUUAUUAACACCAUUUCUGCGUUUUAUUGUUUUUUUUUUCUCCCCCUGUCCUGGAAUGUUUAUCAAGGUCUCGUUUCGCCCAUCUCCGCUUACUGCCUUGUGUUCGGUUGUGAGGUUCUCACCCUUCCUCUUGGUGUUUGUCACAGCUUGUAGUAAUUUAUGAAGUUGUUCCCCACACACAUCCUACAGGAUUGUCUCUGUCAAUUCAAUCUCCGCCUUCUUCCUUCACUCUCUUCAGCGCCUGCACACCUUUUUUUUUCUUUUCUUUUUUUUUUUUUUUUUUACUAAGAUGGAAAGGUGGAAGAAAAUCAUGGUUUUGUUAAUUAAUUUUAUAAAAACAACUGGAAACAAAUCGUGAAAUAAAAAUCUUUGAUAUAAA